GUAACAAAAUAAAAGGAGGAGAGAGAGAGAGAAAAAAGAAACCAUGUCUAACAAAAUGUCCUUCAAAAUCAAGUCCUCCUCCAACAAGAGGAAGACCAGCAGCCCCAAUAGCAACCCGAGUACCGCCACAAACUCCCAGUCUAGCGUUGGGGUGACUAGCAAUAAGCACGAGACAUCUAUUGAUGACCCGUUGGUUAAUGAUGAGAUUAAACUGCUCCGUGUUACGGAGGAGCACUUGAAAGAACUCCAUCCAGCAAAUGAAGACCCGUUAGAGCCAGAAAUAAAAGAAACCAGAGUCUUUGUUAAGGAGCUGCCUCCUACUCCUUCCCCUCGUCCAGAAAACACCAAACAUGUGGUUGUACUUCAUCCGAUGCCUCUUGAAAUUAGACCAGCAAAAACUAAAUUAUUAGGUUCGCUCAAAAGUGGUCCAAGGUGUGAUCAAGAUAACGUCUUCAUCAGUCACAGCAUUAUUGGGACCUUUGAAGAAUACACUGAAUCAAGACUAGCUGAUAGAAAUUCUUUAACUGGAACCGUUCCUUCUACAGUGCCUCCAGUAGUUUUACCGAAAGUAUCCAAGAAGAAGAAUAAAUCAACGCCAGCAAUACCCAAAGAGACUAAUGCAUUAUCUAAUUGGGAGAAACAAAUAAAUAGAAGGAAAGUCAUUCAGGAAAGAAUAUCAAAGCGUCUCAAAGGAGAGAAAGGUGACCUGACGAUGAAUUAUGGAGAUACUUUUAGAAGAGUUCAAGAAGAAAGGAGCUUCAUUGAUAGAGCAAUACCUGCAAUCGAUAGUGGAAAAGGACAUUUUGUCGGUAGCGAGUUUUGGAGAUUGCAGUCAACAGUAGGUGAUCCAGUAACUGGGAUUAGGACCACGCUGACAAAGACAGAGAAAGGAGAUCCACCUGUGACUGGCUUCAUUAGCUGUCCCUCGUCAGCGACCAAUAGAAAUAACAUGUUUCAAACAUGGAGCCGCUCCAGGUAUUUAUGGAAAAGAAAGGAACAGCUUUCACGAGCAGUUUCAGAACCAAAAUACCCAGUGGAUUUUGACAGUCUUCAGCUAAGAGGUCUUGUCCAGCCCUCUGUCCUCCCCCCUCCUCCUCCUCUUGGCUCAUCCCAUUCACUGGACUCACUAGGGGAGAGCCUAUUCAAUGAAGAAGAUGAAGAUGAUGAAGAGAGAGAGAGGGGGGAAGAUGGAAGGACUAGCGCCUGCAACAGCUUAGAAGAAAGUGUUAGCUUAUUAGACACUCAUCCUGACGUAGCAGCCUCUCCUUUCAUUGGCCCCGCCCUUCAGAUACAGGACCAACUGUAUGCAUGGUUUGGAGACGGGGGGAGAGGAGAAGGAGAGAGAGAGAUGAGGAGAGAUGACUAUAAGAUUAGGAUCCUCUUUGAAGCUGGUAUUCAGCAGCUAGCAAUGAACCACAUUGUAUUGCAGAAUAGAGGAACUGUUGCCAUCAGUUUCACUUGGAAGAAGUUUCCUGGCACUAGUAAACUUGGCUUAAAAACUUCAGAACAAACCCAGCAGCGGUUCUACUUUGAUACCAGAGAAGGUGUCAUUCUUCCUGGGAGAAAUCUCAGUCUUGACUUUAUAUUCAAGUCACCAAACCCUGGCAUAUUCUCAGAGACUUGGGAGAUAGUGACUAGGCCAGUACUGCUCAGUAAUAAUGGACAGAGUCCUUUGUAUGUAACUCUUAAAGGAGUUUCAUUCCAACCUGAUCUGUACCAAGAGAAACGAGAUAUGAUUGAGAGAAAGUUAUAUCACGAUGUGGCUAAGGCUACAUCGAAGAGACUAGUUGAUCAGUUGGUUAAUACGAUACACACUCCUCCCCGUUCAGUGACACCAUUACCUGUCAAUAUACCGGAGGAGAGUGAAUUCCUUUCAAAGAAUCCUGGGGUCUAUUAUCAUUAUAAUGCUGUCCAGCAGCUCAAAGCUUUAUACAUUGACCUACAUAAUCCCACACCUCCUCAAGAACCCACGAAAAGUGGAGGAGGAGGAGCAGUAGGAGGAGGAACUGUUGGCGGGAAAAAACAACAAGAACCUAAAAAAGGAGGAGGAGCUGGGGGGAAGAAAAUAAAUAAAGAGGAAAGUCACAAGCAGCUUCACGUAGAUACAACAGAUCCUGACCAUUCUGUAGAUUUGAAUUUCCCUCCAUGGGACCUAUCACUAAACACAUUAGAGAAGCUGAUACUGGAGAUUGAUGAUGGCAAUGUGAGAGAGGACAAAUAUAAAACAUUGAAUGCAAUCAUAUCUGAAAUCAGUGCACCACUGCCUUCUGCUCCAAGAUCCACAAGAUACAUUAAAACUUACUUCUUGCUGUGUGAGGCCAUUGACACUUUAGUGAGCACUUCAGAGCACCUUAGACAAGUAAUGGGACUUCCUUCAAAGGACUCUCCCUCAGCUGGAGGACUCCAAGAAGAAGAGUCACAAUCUGAGCUUGAUCAAUCAAGUCAGCCUUCAUCACCAGUUAUUAUCCCUCCACAAUCAAGCAAAAAAGAUCAGAGCAAGAGAGGAAGUAAAGUGAAAGAAGUUAGUGUGAAAGAGAAAGAGAAGGAGCAACUCCAGCAAAGACCUACUAGUAAGAAAGGUGGCCCAAAGUCAAACAAGAAAGGAGGAAGCAGUAACAUGAAAGGAAAUAGCAAGAUAUCAAAAAUUCCAUCAGUUGAGACACAAGACACUAGUAACAGUAAUGCAAUUCCAUCAAAACCAUCAGAGAUUGACCCAAUGUUAACUUUAAAGUAUAAAGAAAUCUUUCUCUCGGUGGCACAUGAUAUAAUGGCAUCAACUGUUGAUCAAGUUUCAUCUCUAAUAUCUGAAGACAUAUAACAUUCACAUUGUAUCCAUCAUUGUUUUAUACUAAUAACAGUUACUGUACCUGUACGACAAGAUGAAGGUUGCCAUUUAAUGCUUUCUCAUGAUUAUAAUAAUUAUA